GUGACAGCGAGGAUCCCAGGACACCCUAAAGUGCGGAACGGCUACUCGUGCGUGCCGGUGGCGCUCUCCGACGGCCUGGACAUCAAGCUGAGCACCGCGGUGCGCCAGGUGCGCUGCACGGCGCACGGCGUCGAGGUCGCCACCACCAACGCGCGCAACCACGGCAACCCCGUCACCUACAAAGGCGACGUGGUGCUGUGCACGCUGCCCCUGGGUGUGCUGAAGCAGUCGACGAUGCCAGGCAACCAGGGCACGCCCAACACGGUGCAGUUCUCGCCGCCGCUGCCGGACUGGAAGGUGGCGGCCAUCCAGCGGCUCGGCUUCGGCAACCUCAACAAGGUGGUGCUGUGCUUCGAGCGCAUCUUCUGGGACCCCAACGCGAACCUGUUCGGCCACGUGGGCAGCACCACCGCCAGCAGGGGCGAGCUGUUCCUGUUCUGGAACCUGUACCGCGCGCCCGUGCUGCUGGCGCUCGUGGCCGGCGAGGCGGCCGCCAUCAUGGAGAACGUCAGCGAUGACGUCAUCGUGGGCCGCUGCAUCGCCGUGCUCAAGGGCAUCUUCGGCAACAGCGCGGUGCCCCAGCCCAAGGAGACGGUGGUGACGCGGUGGCGCGCCGACCCCUGGUCGCGCGGCUCCUACUCCUUCGUGGCGGUGGGCUCCUCGGGCAGCGACUACGACAUCCUCGCCGCCCCCGUCAGCCCGCAGCCGGCCCCCGCCGCCCCCGCCGCCCCCGGGGCCCCGCCGCCGGCCGCCGCGCCCGGCGUGCCGCCGCCCAGGCUCUUCUUCGCCGGUGAGCACACGAUCAGGAACUACCCGGCCACGGUGCACGGUGCUUUCCUCAGCGGUCUUCGCGAGGGCGGCCGCAUCGCCGACCAGUACAUAGGCUGCCCCUACGCGCCGCCUCCUGCGUCCCGUGCGCGGCCGCCCCCGGAGGCAGUCCCCGCCCCCGCCGCCCCGGGUCCUACCGUCCCCGCCACCAACUCCACCUCCAACAACAACAAUAACAACAACAACAACAACAACAACACGGUGACCGCCACAACCACCACCACCGCGGCCUGAGUGGCCGGUCUCCUCGGCUCGCCAUGAUCUCAUCUCAGCUUUCCUUGCCCGCAGCCUCCGGGAGACGUGGAACUCUGUGCCAGACUGUUGCACUGCAACGAACACGCUGUUUGUUUUGAGAGCGGUGUCAGAUCCGCCUUCUACUUCAUCUAAGAAACAUAAUUUACAAAACACUCUUUAACAAUUAUUCAUCACAAGCCUGGUAUAAUUACUUUAUUUUUUUCCUUAGAGAUUUUCUUCGCAGUACGUAUUCCUUCUUUGGCUGUCGGAAUGAAUGAUGUUUUAUUGUGUGAUCGGUGGAGAUGUAUGUUUUCGUAUGGCUUUCUUUAUUUUGUGCUGCAGUUGGACUAAAAUCAAAACCUUUAUACAUUCUCUACGACACUUAUUGCGCUGACUGGCAGCUUUGACAUUCUAAAUGUGCGUAAGCUCCGAGUAUUUUGUAGCAUUUGAUAAUUUAUAUGUGCACGCCUGUAUAUUAAAUAUCAUUUGUUAUUAGGAGCCUCGCGUGAAUGGUAGUUGGGCUCUCGGCCGUGUGUGGUUUGUGCGAGUAAUAAAAAAAUAAUUUUCAAUAGUUAGUAUCUACUGGUUAAUAAUUUUUGAUGGGCGAAAAUAUUUUUUUUUGGCUAAGUCUACUGUAGUUACAUAGAACAUUAGUUAUAUGUAAGCGUACAUAAACUAAAACAAAAAUAUAUAUUUUUUAUUAAAUUAUUAAUAGUCAGUUUUAGCUAUUGAUCAUUUGAAGUGUGCUUUCGCAGUUGUGUUGCUGAGAAUACAUUCUUUUUUUGUGUUUUUGUUAGCACUUUUGUUAAAAAAAAUUUCACUAAACAAUCAGAGAAUUUUGUGCAUUAUUUACUUUAACAUUAAAUACAAUAAUGUUUAUCGCCAUUUAUAUGUAAUUGUAGGGACGAAUUCUUAUCUAAAUAUGAAAUGGGUUGAGCUAGCAGAGCUACAGUUUUGCCUUGUACCUGUGAUACCACAAAUUUUUAAUAGUAUAUAAGAAAUGAAGUUUUCGUCCGUUUUGAUGUGACCAAGAGAAGUUACUAGGUUGAACGAUUUAUAAUUGGUUUGUGAUUUAAGGUUGUAUUUGUAAAUUUGUUCUAGGUGUGCUCAAAAUGUAUUUAAACUGUAUGUUGUUAUAUAAAUGAUAUUUAUGUGUAUCAUGACGAACUCUUGAUUUCCUAGUUCUUGUUAUGAUUAUUUUGUAUUCUAAAACUGCUGGCCUCAAUUAUUUUGGGCUGAUUUGUUGUGUUCAUUAUGAUUGUUUCUAAUGUGAUAGAUGAUGUUUAUUUAAUCAUAAUAAAUGACGUGCAUAAUA